AUGGCGCAAGAACAAGUCAACACAAAAAACCAAAUCAUUUAUCGCUUCUGUCGCCAAUAUCUCCAAUUAGAGAGAGAUCUAGAUUACCCUUCGCCUACACUCUUACGCGAGGCUGAUGUUCAAAAUUCUCUUUACAAUCAGAUUUUUAGAGACGGAGCUCUUAAUUAUUAUCCUCCCCCGAGAUACCAGCUGAGAGUCUUGAAGGAACUCAUGUCCAAGAUCGAAGCGAGUAUCGAGGAUUGGGAUAGCCAUGGAAUAUCCGACGACUUAAUGUCAUCCCUCUCUAAUCUCCUUGCUCUUCCGCUCCCAUCGGAAAUCACUGCUGCCCAACAAAAGUCAUAUGUGACAUACUCUCCUUCAUUACUUAAUGUCUCAACUAGUCAUCAUGGUUCUCUUCCAGCCCAAGUUACAUUAUUGGAGUCGCGAAACCUCAUCUCUGCCUUUGGAACGACUGGUUUACGCACUUGGGAGGCUGCUCUUCAUCUCGGACAGUUCCUCAGUACUAAUCCAUCUAUCAUCCACAACAAGACUGUCCUGGAGUUAGGAGCGGGCACCGGGUACUUAUCCAUACUCUGCGCCAAAUUCAUGGCUCCUACUAUGGUCAUCGCCUCCGAUGGUUCUGAUGAUGUAGUGGCAAAUCUUCCUGAGAAUUUUUUUCUAAACGGGCUUCAGGAGUCGGAGAUGAUCCGAGCUAUGGACGUCAAAUGGGGACACGCUCUUGUAGGGACGGAGGAUGAGCAUUGGAAUGGCGGCAGACCAAUUGACGUCGUUCUCGCUGCCGAUGUCACCUACGACAAGGGCAUAAUCCCCGCUCUCAUCGGCACUCUAGAGGAACUAGUGGGGAUGUUCCCGCAUGUUGCCAUUUACAUCGCAGCCACCGAAAGGAAUCGAGAAACAUUCGAGGUCUUCCUUAAUGCCUGUGAGGAGAGAUAUCUCAACAUUGACGAGAUUUAUUACGAACUCCCACGCAGAAAAGACCAAUAUGGUCCAUUUUACAGCGACCAGGUGCCGAUUAGGAUAUGCAGAAUACUAAAUUGCCAAGCCGUGGUCAAAUUCACGACAGAUCGAUGGGAGGUUGAUGAUGAAAUGGGACUUGUCCUUACAUGGGCUGAUGCUAUCGGCGUGGUUAAUAUCGACUUCACGAAUGUGGCGACAGAGGGACCUACACGACCCAACAAUAUUGCGAAAGAUUAUACAGGUAACAACACAUUCGUAUGGAGGCCGAAUGUCGACCUCGCCCCGGGUGAUUACGUCUUCCACAUCAAAGACGAAUGGAGUAAGGAUGAGUCGCCGAGGCUGACACUUUCUGCCUUCUUUGCCCGCUCUCCAUACAACAACAUGCCUCGGGAUAGGGAUACCAGUAAAAGUAACGGUAGCGAUGGGAGUGGCGAUGAUGGCAUUGGGCCCAGUACCGCGGCUGGAAUAGGGGUUGGCUCCACCCUCGGAGGAAUACUCCUACUCGCCCUGGUUGCUUUUCUAGUCUACCGUGGGCGGCAGAAUAAGACUAGGUUGGAAGACCAAGAAACCAACGAACGGAUUGAGGGAAAACAGAAACAGAAGGAACCUCGACUCGAAAUCUACGAGAGCUAA